AUGAAGAAGGAACAGUCCCCAGACGGAGAAGACGACGAAGAAAACGACGAGUCCUCGGAACAACGGCAUCUUCUUCCCCCAGGUCUGGAAACCGAUUGCUUUGACCUCGUUCGCGCGUGGCAAUUUCGACGUCAGCAAAUUCGUAGGGGGAAAUUCGACGACGAAGAAGAAGAAGAAGAAGGAAAAGAAAAAGACGGAGGAAAAGAGAAGAGGAGAAUAAGAGACGCUAAAAUCUCGUCGCCUUCGUCGCCGUCGUCGUCGUCGUCGAAACAAUGCGGAGGAGGAAAAGAAGAAGAGUCGCCGUUCCAAUCGUUUCGAUUGCUGUAUACCGAACGGAAUUUCGACCGAAUGUUUCACCUGAAAACAAAGUUUACCAACCCGAACGAACAGCUGCAAAGACUGUUCGACGCGUCGUUGGCGAUUUGGGAUCUCGCGAACGACCGAGUGUUUCGAAAGAAGGAAGACAAGAGUCCGACGUCUUCGAGUUUGACCGUUGGCGCUUUGUAUUUACUCUUCAUGUUCUACCGCAGACAACCGCGAAGAGACGUGUUUUUCGUGAGUCGAGGCUAUCGAGAGAGAGCGAAGGUGAUGGAAGAGGACGAAGAGUUGCCGAAAGCGAGAGUGUACGUGAGUUUAGAGAGAAUGAGAGAGUUGCUAGGAGUGUUGGAGAGGUUAGAAGAGGAGGUAGAGCAUUAUAAGAAGAAAAAGAAGAAGAAGAAGAAGAAGAAGAACAACAACAAGAGUAGUAGCAACGAGAAAACGGAGGAGGAGGACGAAGAUGGUGACGAAGAUGACGACGUCGAAGCUGCGCUCGAAACGCUGGCGAUUAUUAAAGAGAUGUUCGCAGAUAACGCCUUUAUCGUCGGAUGUACGCGUCCGCUGACGCAACGAGAGAGACGAGAUUUGGUGGAAUCGACUAAAGUAGUUGUUAAUAACGAGUUAUUGGAGGCAUACAAGGAGGUACGAGACGAGAUGGUAUCCCUUGAGAAUGGCGGGAUCCCGGGCGUGCAGACGUUGCUCGAGCAAACAGAAACGUACGGUAAAGCGUUGGAUGCGAUUUUGGUUAAUAAGCAACGCCCGGUAUCGUCGACGUACGCGGCAGGUUAUCUCGAUCCAGCGAAGAAGAUUGGCGGAGCGGUUGAUAGAUUUGCGAAAAGGUUGGAAGGGAAACUCGAAGAAAUUCUGAAAGCGAAACCGAAACAAAAACGCGCGAGGAAGACGCCGACACCAACAGAAACCUCUACAAAGGUUGUCACGACAACGGCUGGUGGUUUAACGGUCGUAAACACGAAGAAAAUAACCGUCAUUACCAGCGCGAAGGAGGCUCCGAUAUCGUCGAAAAGGAAAAAAGAGAGACGCGACUUGGAAUCCAUGCCGGAUUACUACGAAAAGGACGAGGGAAACUGA